AUGCGACUACCUUCAAUAAGACCAACAUUGAAAGAUGCAGGCGUUGUCUAUGAGAGAAUGGACGCCUGCAAGUUGUGCUAUAGUCUCUCACUUGGACAACAUAGCUCAAGUUGUCCAGAAACGGAAGCUUUUGGAAAUUUAAUUCUUGGUCAUGGAGAAUUGGACAUGUUCCAAUGUAUUAGAUUCCAAAUAAAGCUUAGAGUGGAUGUUACUAUUCGCCAAAGUAUUCAAUUGAAAUGA